AUGGAAUAUCUGAGUAGGAACCUGGCUAGUCUCGAGAUGGAUAAAGAGUUCAAAUACCAUCCUCGUUGUUCCAAGCUGAGAUUAUACACCUUAGUUUUGCUGCUUUUUGCUAGAGGGGAUCUGAAGCUACAAGCAAAUCUAAGUACGAGUGAAGCCAACUUUGGAGGGGUUACCUUAGACCAUAGACAACAAAUAUUUCAGUAUUUGGGCCUCUCUGCUGGUGAAUUGCCCUUCAAAUACCUUGGUGUACCACUAUCUACCAAGAAGCUCAGUGUUCCUCUCAUUGAAAAAAUGACUGCCAAAAUUACUUCUUGGACUGCUAAGACUUUGUGUUAUGCUGGGAGGAUUCAAUUAGUGCAGAGUGUUUUGUUUGGCAUACAAGUUUUCUGGGCACAAUUGUUUGUAAUACCUACAAAAGUGAUCAAGCUUAUUGAAGGAUUAUGUAGGUCCUACAUAUGGCUGGAGGUCAAUGAAAUUACAAAGAAAGCAUUGGUGCUUGGGAUAAAGUCUGCAUACCCAAAGUCGAGUGGAAUGGAAGAGCUUAAUGUUCAACAAUGCAGCACGACCAAAAGCAAGAUUCACAAUGUGGCUAAUGCUGCAUGGAAGGUUGCUGACCUGUGA